AGAGAUGCUCUCUGCUCAGUGUAUGCAUCUAUUGGUCUUUGAAUCAUCUCUCUUAGACACGUACGUAUAUUGAGAUCAGUACGUGUCGUCCACUUCAUCUCCUUCACCUCUUGGAUUCGUUCUAUUUAAAUCGCACCCUACUGCUCGGAACCCUCAUCAUCUCAUCUUCUUUCUUUCUCUUCAACUUCACGGCCGGCUAAAGCAUCGAUCAUGGGGAGCAAAUGUCUGGUUGUUUUCUUUUUGCUCUUCAUUGUUUUCGCUUCACAAGAGAUGGUAGUGCCGAGUGAGGCUAGGGUCUGCGAGUCACAGAGUCAUGGAUUCCAUGGGACAUGCAUUCGCGCCCACAACUGUGCUCUCGUCUGCAGGCACGAGGGUUUCUCCGGUGGCAGAUGCCGCGGCUUCAGGCGCCGAUGCUUUUGCACUCGAAGAUGUUGAACAUGGAUCCAUCCAUCGUUGCAAUUUGCACCUGCAUGAAGCUAGCUCAAUUAGCCAGUAUUUCGAUUCUAAGUUCUAAAUAUUUACCUAGCCUUUUUAAGUAUUGCAGCUAACUAGGAAAUAAAAUUUUCUUCGCAGCAGGAGGAAAUUUUUUUUAUGCUAUGUUAUGUUAUUGUGCCA